GGUUUGGAGGCAGGAUGACAGCUGAACGGGUCGUGAAGGUACAGCAGCAGCGGCGGUGCAGUCCGUAACAUUAAGAACAGUCAUACGCGCGUUUUAAAGAGACGGGCCGACGCAUUUCACCGCGAGACGCCUUUUCUCCACCGACCCGCCGUCCGCCUUUGAGUUUCUCUCAGGACGGUAACCUUCAGCCCUGCGGAUAUUAUUGUAUUUUUUGGUUCUUUUUCCCACCAGUAGAGAAAAAGAUCCGUGUCCGGAUGUGCCAGCAGUGUUGGGUUGUUUUUUUUUUUCGCAUGGCGUAGGCACCUUUUCUAAAGCAGGACACUGUUGAUGUUUGGAGGGUCGACGGAGGCCCUCGGGUCCACAGCUUAACCCCACUAACAUAACCUGCACUUCCUGAAAUUACCGCUUCGAGGGAAAUUAUCAACGAAAUGAUUGUGCAAUAGAGGAAGAGAGGCAUUGUAACACGUCUCGACUACCUCAGUGUUGUGGCUGUGGAGAAAGAUAGAGAGCAAUCACCGGGGAUAAAUACAUUUCUGUCUCAGGCUCUACGGCAAGGACGUGUUUUUUAUUUUCUUUUUUGUAAAAAAAAAAUCUAUUUUGUAUAAACACAGCCUGCGGGAGCUUUUUUUUUUGCGUGGGCACGGAAAUCAGGGAAUAUCUGGGUCCGCGUUGUGUCUGUGACAGCGUUUGUAUGUGAGUGUGAACCCCUGCGAUCACCUGGAAAACCUUCACCAUGACGGGCAGCACCCCAGCGGACAUGAUAAACCUGCGGCUCAUUCUGGUCAGCGGCAAGACGAAAGAGUUCCUCUUCUCUCCCAACGACUCGGCAGCAGACAUCGCCAAACACGUGUAUGACAACUGGCCAAUGGACUGGGAGGAGGAGCAGGUCAGCAGUCCCAACAUCCUGAGGCUGAUCUACCAGGGACGCUUUCUACACGGCAACGUAACACUAGGAGCUCUCAAACUGCCCUUGGGGAAGACCACAGUGAUGCAUCUAGUUGCCAGAGAGACUUUGCCUGAGCCAAAUUCCCAAGGUCAGAGGAACAGAGAGAAGACCGGGGAGAGUAACUGCUGUGUCAUUCUGUAAAUACACACCUCCGCCGCCAGCCCUCCAUCCUCCUCCAUCCGUUUUUACCCUCCUCAAUGUCCUGGACCUGAUGAGCUUGUCCUCCGUCCUGGAGCCUGUCUAAAGUGUGGAUAUGCAUACAGACAAACACUUUAUCUCUCUCUCUUUUGUCCUUUUUUUUUCUCCUGCCCCCCCCUCUCUCUUGCACUCACAUAUACAGGAAGACAGGAGGCUGAUCCAGGACAGAGCUUGGGGAGCAAGAAAUUGAUUAACUGAUAGAGCUGAUUCCUUUUUUGUCGUACUUGAUUUGUUGUCAUAACUGAAAAAUUAGAGGAAGGAACUGGAUUUGCAUGUGUUUUUAUUUUCUUUCUUUCAUUCUUUUCUUAAUGCACACCUCUUUAAGCCUUCCGCCGUACACGCGCGUGCAGGCGGAGCUGACGUACACACCUUGUCCAAAAGUAUGAAAGCGGCGCCUCGCCCUCUGGCCGGGUUGUCGCCGCGACGCAGUGCCCAAGUUUGUGUGUGUGGCCUUGUUUUUCUCAUACAGACCGCUGAGAGUUUUGUAACCACUAAUGACUCGCGCCCGACACGCUCGUUCCGACCAUAUGCGUUUGUGCGAUGUCCCUCAGUGCGGCAGAUGAAGCGCAGACGUGCCUGAUCAGAGAACUCAAACCGGGACACACUCACACAUAAACACACACACACACACACACACACACACACACACAAACACAAACACCGGUGUCCUUCUUACUGCCCUCCUCUGCUUGGGCCCUUUCUGACUGCAGAGCGAACACAUCCUGCUCUUUCGGCCCGUCGCGUUGUCGCCAAACAGAGCCUCACAAGCAAACAAAUAGACAAACAGGCAGCGCUGGUGGUCUUGGUUUUGGAUAUUUGUUUGUCCAUGACUUCUGUGACUGUGUUUUGACAGUCCAUUCAUAUUGCUGACCGACCAGUGUUGUGAUGAAUCAGAGGUUUCCCCCCCGGCCCCCGCAGACACACACCUCUCCCGUCUCAUCGCGCUCCUCUUUUAUAACAGUGUUGUGUGAAGGAUCUCUCAGACAGUUGUGGGGAAAUGAACUGAAAAAAAAAAAGCCCCUUUAUUUGUCUUAAUUUGCUUCUUAAUUCUGCAUUAAUUAAUUAAGUCCGUUUUGCACAACCGAAGCAUGUGCUCCUUCAUCAGAUUAAUAAAAAAUGUAUAAAAGGUUUUAUUGUUUUAUUUUAUAUUUUUCCAAUGGAAGUAAAGUUCCAAACUAAGGUAACAUGUGUAGAGUAUAUUUAAUAUGAAUCUUAUAUAGAACAUGAUGACUUUAGAUCUUGGUGAUAUACAUUAUAUUGGUGUUUAGUCUAUUGAUUGUGUAUAUGGUUAGCUUCUAGCCACUUCACAGUCUCUCUCGCUGACAAUGUCUUGUGCUUAACAGCAGCAGAUCCUCCCUAAUCAUCAAUGGACUGAUGGAUUUCAUUUGCUUUCUUCUGUGCUCUUUUAUUAUAUAUAUAUAAAUAUAUAUAUAUUUUCCAUUUGUUUAUAAUUUAAUGUAAUCCUUUUUUUUUCUUUGUGUUUUUUUUUUGUUUGUUUUUUGCUUUAAAAGAUCGCUUUGUAACAGCACUAGGUCUUAAAAUAUAUUGUUUAUAUUGAUCAGGGUUCAAAUCUGUACAGAGAUUAAGAAAAAAAAAAGUUUUCAAACCAAUUGUAAAUAGCACUAAUGCUCCCUGUAACCCCCCCUACACACACACACACCCCCUCCCCUCCUUCAAACUUCAAAAUGGAAUACAUCUGUAAACUAAAUAAAGGUUAUUGAAGUGCGA